CCGUGAAGACUUUAUCAGCAUUAAGGGGUAGGUUUUUCACAAAGUCUUAUGCUGUUGUCCACUCAAUUAUUCACUCUGCUUUUUAUUUCCGCCAAGCUUUCAUUCCUAAACAUCUUUGCUCAAACAGAGAAUGCUGUAUCAAAUGCAAAUGAAUUGGGUAGUUGUAGUUCGCCUUGUAAUUUAUCUGUGUUUGGUGGGCUUUACUGCUGCUGCAAAAUGUGUUCCUGAAAAAUGUGGCUCCUUGAAUGUGAGUUACCCUUUCUAUAUUAAGGAUAACAAUUCUGAUUGUGGACACCGUGGUUUUCAGAUCAAUUGCACCAAAGAUAACUCUACUGGGAAGAUGGCUCUAUUUCUUCCGGCAGAUGUCUCUUAUAAUAAUAGUUUGGAAUUAACAAGAGAUUAUUAUAAGAUUUGGCAGCUCAAUUAUUCUGGUUACAUUGUCAUUAAUUCGACAUCUCUUAAAGCCGUUUCGUGUGGGAAAAGUGAAGCGGCAGACAAAUCCAAGCAGUUCGAGCUACCCGGGCCUUUCUAUUUUUCCAUGUCCGAUAAAUUUGUGGUCGUUGGUUGCAAUAGAACUGGUAGUUACGAAAACAGGGUUGGAAGAGGAGAAGCAAAAUGUGUAUCUUCAUGUGUCUCUCGCAGAGUUGGUCCAGAAUACUGCCGCUAUGGCUUUUGUGAGAUUACCCUUCCAGAUAAUUUAUGGUCGAUAAAAUUCCAUGCCGAAGAUGAUUUUUCAAAUGAUGAAUUCUGCGGUUUCUCCACCAUAAUGGACCCCUCCACCUUCAAUGUAGUCAAGAAUAAAACAGACAUCUCUUGGGAAGAUAUUAAGAAGGCUUAUUAUGGUCUCCGCCUUAACUGGGGUAUCGGCCGUCGGAAUUGUACCACGGCUAAAGGAACAGCCUAUUAUGCUUGCUCGUCUAAUGCAGAAUGCACUGACUCCCGUUCCGGAGGAGGACACGCAUGCACAUGUCUUCCAGGAUAUGUUGGAAAUGGUUACAAGAAUGGCACUAAGUGCAUAGACAUUGACGAUUGCAGUGAUAGAAGCUCGAAUGAGUGCGUGGAACCAUCCAAGGGAGGUAAAUGCAACAAUUUACCAGGUUCAUACAAUUGUUCAUGUGCAGAGGGUUACACUGGAGAUGGCUUCAAAAAUGGGUCGAGCUGCGAGUCAGAAAGCUCAAAUAGAACGGCUAUGUUUGCAGCUAUAGGCUCUGUUUCUGCAUUCGUUGGAGUUUCUUUAGCAGGGUGUGCAUUAGUCUUGUUGCUGAGAAUGCGUUACCUGAAAAGAGCGAGGGACGAGUACUUCCUACGCAAUGGAGGUUUUUUGCUAGAGAGAAUACUAGCAGAAAAGGGAAAACAGACAGAGGAGAAAAUCUUCAGGAUUUUUUCAGAAAAUGAGCUUAAAAGUGCCUCCGGAGAUUAUUCAGAUGACAUGAAGCUUGGAACCGGUGGUUCAAGCACAGUAUACAAAGGGAUUCUUUCGAAUGGUACACCCGUCGCUAUUAAAAAAUUCAAGGAAUUUCCCAUUGGUGUUGAAAGCGAGGAAGCCAUGAACCAGUUCAUCAACGAGAUCGUGAUUCUCUCUGGUCUUAAUCACAAAAAUGUGGUGAAGUUGGUUGGAUGUUGCCUGCAAACACAAUCUCCUAUUCUAGUAUACGAAUUUGUGGACGGGGGAACAAUUUCUCAUCAGCUACAUUCCGGUCAUUUGACUUGGCAGAGUCGCCUACAGAUCGCAAUGGGUAGUGCUGAAGCUUUUGCAUAUCUACAUUCAGAAUUAGAUCGCCCCAUUAUUCACCGGGACGUGAAAUCAACUAAUAUUCUUCUUGACAAUACGGUGACUCCGAAAGUUGCAGAUUUUGGGAUAUCUCGGCUACUUUGUGGGAAUGAUACACAUCUCAGCACCAAUAUAAUGGGCACUUGUGGUUACAUGGAUCCUGAAUACUAUGAAACCGGCACGCUUACUGAAAAGAGUGAUGUUUACAGCUUCGGCGUAUUGCUGGCAGAGCUCCUCACAGGUCGACAACCCCUAUCCCCUGGAAGGCCUCCGCACGAAAUCAUCCUAUCUAAGUUUUUUCUUUCCAAAUGUAAGGAUGACUGCUUGAUUGAUAUUUUGGAUCCAAACGUUAAGAACGAGGAGAACCUAGACCAGAUGACUGCUGUGGCAAGUCUAGCUAGAGAAUGUCUUUGUGCAGAAGGAAAGGGAAGACCGACAAUGAGAAAGGUGAAGCUGAAGCUUGAGGAGAUUGGAGGUUCCACAAGGCUUGCCACAUCGACUUCAUGUUUAAAUGUCGUCAGCGAUCAAAUUUCAAGUGAGACUCAUAUUGAGUCAAGAACUACAGUGUUUCAGUUCACAGAAAUGUCUACGAUGCAAGGACGCUGAUCUUGAUUUAGUGUUACAUAUAUUUUGAAGUUUGCAUAAACGAAAAACAUAACACCUCUCUGCAAAUUAGUUAUUAUUAGCUAUUAGAGUCGGAGUUCCAUGCCGAUACUACAGUAUAAAGUAUAAAUGUAUUAUUCUAGUAUCCUAUCGUGUACAUGGGAUGCUUCUACUAGCACGAGUCAAUGGAAAUCUUGAACCAAUUGUUGUUUGGCGAGGUCUGUUCUUAAGUAUUUUUGGGGUCUUGUGUCGGUUAUUUGUCCAAAUGGUCAGUUCUUUGUUGUUGUUCUGGUGGU